AUGUGCAGGCUGGCCAUGUAUAUUCUGACCUGUAGGAUGGAGGUAGGGGUGGAACUCUAAAUUACCAGCCAAGAGCGCUUAAAUGUGCAACGGAAACACAGACCACAUCACGGAGGAGUAGAGGCAGAUCUUGCUUGGUGAGCAAGCUCAUCUCUAGAACAAACUGACAGGGCACUUGUGCUGGAGAACCUCAGAGUAGACGCCAUGGAGGAGUAUGAUUACUCAGAUCCCAUGCUCUUCAACACCUCCAGUGACAGUAGCAAGGUGCACGAGGGCUUCCUGCAGUUCAGAAAGAUCUUCCUGCCCUGUGUGUAUGCAGCAGUGUUCAUCUCUGGCCUGGUGGGGAACUCCCUGGUGCUGGUCGUGUACAUUUUCUACCAGAAGCUGAAGAGCCUGACAGAUGUAUUCUUGGUGAACCUGCCCCUGGCUGACCUAGUGUUUGUCUGCACUCUGCCCUUCUGGGCCUACGCAGGCUUCCAUGAGUGGGUCUUCGGCCAGGUCAUGUGCAAGACCCUCCGGGGCAUAUACACGAUUAACUUCUACACGUCCAUGCUCACCCUCACCUGCAUCACCGUGGAUCGCUUCAUCGCUGUGGUUCAGGCCACCAAGGCCUACAACCAGCAGGCCAAGCGGAUGACCUGUGGCAAGGUCAUCUGCUUGAUUAUCUGGGUAGUCUCCCUGCUGGUUUCCUUGCCACAGAUCAUCUACAGCAACGUCCUACAUCUCGACAAGGUCAUCUGCGGCUACCAUGAUGAAGAGAUUUCCACCAUGGUUCUUGCUUCCCAGAUGUCUCUGGGGUUCUUCCUGCCACUGCUUGCCAUGAUCAUUUGCUACUCCGUCAUCAUCAAGACUCUGCUUCAUGCUCGAGGUUUCCGGAAGCACAAAUCUCUAAAGAUCAUCUUCCUCGUGGUGGCCGUGUUCCUGCUCACCCAGACACCCUUCAAUCUUGUCAAGCUCAUUCGCAGUACGAGCUGGGAGUACUAUGCCAUGACCAGCUUUGACUAUGCCAUCAUGGUGACAGAGGCCAUUGCAUACCUGCGGGCCUGCCUUAACCCUGUGCUCUAUGCCUUCGUUGGCCUCAAGUUUCGGAAGAACUUCCGGAAACUUGUGAAGGAUAUUGGCUGUCUCCCUUGCCUGAGAGUCUCAAGUCAGUGGAAGUCUUCUGAGGACAGUUCCAAGAGUUGUUCUACCUUUCACAAUGUAGAGGCCAUCAGCAUGUUCUAGCUGUUGGCCUUGCUGGACUUGGAGAAACUGCUCUGGAAUUGGCAGGAGCAUGGCUAUGUCCUCUGGAACUGAUGAGGGAGGCUUUGUUUAUAGCAUCUGCAUUCUCACAGAGAAGAUAUCAGACAUGGUGGCUGGCAUGCAAUGCUCUGUAGACAUGGACAUACCCUGCUCUCUUCUUAAGACCCAGGCCUGAUGCUCAAAGUGUGUGGGGGGGCUACAAUUUUUAAGGACUUCUUCAUCCCCAAGAACACUGAAGCCAAGGGGAGAGGAUCUUAGGGUCUCAGGUUUGUCAUUACUGUGACUGGGGCUGAAGGCUGAAGAGGGAGCACAGACAACAAAGCUGUUGGUGGAAGGUGAUAUGCUGGCUCCCAAGUACAGAAGACUCUUCUAACCACUGAGCAAGGAGUGGAGAUGGGAGUGGCCUUGAAGACAAGUGAGGUCUAUGUGGCUCAGACAUCAAUCACCAGGCACCGAACAGGAAUGAGGACAAUGUCUGCCACACCUUGGGUUUUGACUUUUGCAUAGAUGAUGCUUAGGUUCUCUCUGACUAAUCCUGGGAGGACCAGCCCUGGAGACUGUAUGUGGACCCAAAUUAGAGUUGGCUGAAAAUUCCACUGGUCCAUGAACAUGCUAGAAGAAGGUGCAAAACAUCUUAAGACUAGAACAAAUCUAAGCGUCACUUUUGGAGUGGACCCUUCGGUGGCUUCACUCAUUUAAAAAAGGGAAUUUAUCAAAGACCUGCCGCAUGCACAUAUACAAAUGUGCACGCACACACCCACACACAUCAGCGACGUAUCAGUUUCAUGACCAGAAAUAAAAAUCUUAGUCUUCAAACUAC